GCCUCCUUCAUUGCUACCCCAUCCUCCGAGCAUGGGCACCUACAAUACCAGCCAGCCUCACUCGCCACCGACAUCCAGCAAGAUUCCAUGUCGAGCCAGGUUGCCACCCCCGGUCAAGAGCGACAACGCUCCCGCCAGGCCUGCGUUCCGUGCCGUCAACGCAAACGAAAAUGCGACGGGAAGCUCCCUUGCAGCACCUGCACGGGCUACGGCUACACCUGCGACUUCAAAGAUGUCGCUGAGCAGAAUUCCGCGAAACGCAGCGCUGAAUCGGAAGGAUACUCUCCACGGGUAGCAAAGGCCGUCCGCGUUUCUGCCGAACCCCACGAUAGUCCCGCUGUCCCAUCAGCCCAGCAGCACGGCGUCCUGGAGCCAUCGAAACAGCGCUAUGUUGGAAGACAGUCGUCGGUCGCAUUCCCCCUGUUCGUUGGUUUAGAUGUACAGGCGACGAACCCGCCCCGUUUGCACUCCUUCGCGUACAAUGCGGGGAUCAGGCGAGAGCCGGGAUACUCCGUAAACUUUCAGGUGGCCGAGUACAUCUCGUGGGAUACGGUUAAGAGUCUGAUCGAUGUCUACAUGUCUGCUAUCCAUCCCGUGUUCAAAUUCCUGGACGAAGGCCAGCUGUACCAACGGGGCGAGGAGCACUGGAACGGGCAGCGGCAGGGCUCCAACUUUGAGGCGGUCAUCAGCGGCGUGAUUGCGUUGGGAUCCCUAUUCAAAGGAGCGCUGGGUCAAGAGAGAGAGAUGAGGGUCGUGCGUCACGCGAAAGACAUCCUGGAGGACUACGAUGUCGGCCGUUCGCCCUGCAUCGAACAGGUGUCUGCGUGGAUUCUGCGGACGAUAUAUGUCCGGGCAACAAGUCGACCGCAUAUUUCAUGGCUCUGCAGUUGUACUAUGAUGCAUCUUGUCGAAGCAACUGGACUGCACCAUGAACCGGACGCCAUGAUUCUGCCCCCGAGCAAAACUGGUCCGGACUCAACGGGAGCUCGACCGGACACUGUCAAACGAAUAGCACAGGUAGCCGAGUGCUUGCAUGUCUUGAUUGCUUAUGACUAUGGAAGAUCUGUCAUGAACAUCAGCAUUCAUUCGCAGGAGCCUGUGCGAUUCUUGAUGUCGGAUGCCGAUUUUACUCCCCAGCUCUGUCAGCUGAUUCAGUCUAUGCCUGUGGGCCAGAUGUUUCGGGACUCUGCCGUUGGCUCUCAACAGCUAGUACUCGCAUUGGAGAAAGUGACGUCAGUUCAUGUUGACCACGACUUCCUCAUGUUGGUCCGAACCGACCUUGCGUUCUGUUUGUACCGUCGCCUUCGACUAGGGGAUUCCCGUCUGCAGCAAGAACAACAGGAUCUGGUGAUUAGCACCGGUAUGGCUGCACUAGGAGCAGCAAACAGACUUGCCGAUCAGAACUGGCCCUGGUGGAAUGUUUUGGGUACUGUGUUCCAAUUUGUCUGCGUUCUGCUUGCCAUGGAUACACCGGCGAGUCUUGUGAAACUUCCAGAGUCAGUGAAGGCUCUGGAGACCAUUUCAGGCUAUCUGAACACCCACCUGGCGACCGAGGCUCUUGCAACUGCACGGCAGCUGAUACGCGCUUCAAUGGAUAAGAAGCGGAAGGGCCUUACCUGCCUUGAAAGGGCUCUUGGGGACAACAAUACUGAGUCGCUCACGAAUACUGCAGCAUAUGCACCCGCGCCAAUUGACGGGGCUUUUGAUCCAUUUUCGCAGUCUUUGCAAUCCCCUUUCCUGGAUCUGGACUUUCUGCUGGAUAUGGACUUUAUGCAUUAA